AUGUCCCUCCAAACCCCCCGCGUCCUCCCCUCCCACCUCCACGCCUUCAGCCCCUCCGCCACAUCCCCGCGCUCACCACCCCCUGUGCGCCUCCUGGGAACAGUAACCGCGCUUCGCGGUGACACAGCAUCGAUAUCUUGCGGUUCACACGGCGAAGUCACGCUCAUCCUGAAACCAGACUCGCAUCUGCAGAUGGGGAAGCUUGUUGAGGUUGUCGGGAAGGUUGCGGAGGUCCCCGAGGGCGGGUUGGGGAUCAAGGUGCUUGCUACGACGGAUUGGGGGAACCCGGCGGAUUGCGAUUACAAGAUCUAUGAGAAGCUUGUGGAGGUGACGCAUAAGCUGAAGCCACUGUUCUAUGACUCGGUUGAGUGA